AAUUUUAGGCAUAUUUUGAAUCAGUUCGAUUUUUCAACCGAAGAAUUGACUUUACAGUAAUCAAACGUGAAGCGGCUUCAGUAUUGAUGUUUUCGAUCAACAAAAUAAUUAAGAUCAUUAACAUACAAAUUAAAUAAGAGUGGACCCAACAGGGAUCCCUGUUGUACACCAGUUUUAACGGUUCUCCACGAAGAAUAUAAACCAUCAAGUUUGACUCUCUGUCUCCGUCCAGUAAGAAAACUCAAGGGAUUUGACCACAAUCCUUAAACGCCUCCCAAAGACUGACUGCGAUUUAAGAGGUCGUUGGAUCGCCAUUGCAACUGUUCCUUUACCCUCACACAAGAUCUAGCAGUGUCCUCUGGUGUGUGCGAACUGAUUUGUCUCUCUCUCCUUUUGACAACAUUUGUUACCUCAACCGGGUAGAUGGAACUUAAAAGGCACGCCGUGACGUUGAUAAGAGGCUUUCAACGAUUAUUGUCAUUAGCGAUUCGUAGCUUGAGAAGGUGCCUUCCGUCAGUUUCCAUUUGCUUCUUGCUUCUGGUUGUCUUGAGUUUAUGGCUGACACUGAAAAAUAUCAACCACAAGGUGACUCUACUGUCUUCGUCUUCUGUACUCAGAGAACCUAAAACAAAUGCUUUCAAUUUCCUAGAAAAAGACUUUUAUUCACAGCAUCAAAUUCUUCGCACAAAAUUACGGACUACCGCUGCUUGUCCACCAAAAUCGAUUCUUCUCCUUAUUUUGGUGUCGUCGAAUGUCGGAAAUUUUGAUAGGCGCCAGUUGAUACGGAAAACUUGGGGCGCUGAUCACUCGAUCGAAACCAAAUGGAAAACAGUUUUUCUAAUGGGAAAGAACAGCAAUGAGAGAGAAAUGGAGAAUGCUACGGAUGAAGCCAGAAUAUUCGGCGACAUUGUGCAAGGGGAUUACCAAGAACACUUUUGGAACAUGAGUUACAAAGUAGCGAUGGGAUUCGAAUGGGCGGUCAAAUACUGUAAUUUUUAUUACGUUUUGAAAGCAGAUGAUGAUGUAUUUGUGAAUACUCUCGGUCUCGUUGAUUUUCUAGCAAAACAUACAACGCCGCUGAGUAAAUUCUAUACAGGUAAUAUCAUGGUCGGCAGUCCUGUUUUGCGAAAUGGCAGAUAUGGUGUCUCACCCGAGGAAUAUAAUGAAACCGUUUAUAAGCCAUACUGUAGCGGAGGAGGUUACGUUUUGUCUCGCGACGUGGUGGAAAAGCUCCUGCGGUAUUUUGACGUUUUAGAGCCUCUUAAAAUCGACGAUGCAUACAUCGGAAUAUUAGCAGCAAAAGCUGGAGUUAAAGUGACUCAUAAUGAAGAGUUUCGUAUGUACGAGGACAAAUGUGAAUACAAGGAAACUACUUUAGUGCAGCAUCCAGCGCGGGGAGACUGUGCGAUAAUGCUUUACCACAGAAUGAUAGGCAGGAAAAGCAAGAUGCAUCGAAAUGAGAUGGAACAUAAAGGGUGUGCGGUGACUUUGGUUAGAAACUUAAAGCAGUUAUCUUCACUGGUUAUUCGUACCUUGAGGAAGUGUCUUCCUCUUGCCCUCAUUUGCCUGUUACUUCUGGUUGCCUGGACUUCAUGGAUGACACUGAACAAUAUCAACGAAAAGGUGAUUCUAAUGGCUUCGUCCUUUGUGUACGGGGACUCUGAAUCAAUUUUCUUACAACGGAAUGAGACAGUUAACUCGUUAGACGGAGAGGUCUAUUCCCAAAAUCCUAAACUUCGCACAAAAUUGCUAACUACUGCAACUUGUCCAGCGGACCCACUACUUUUUCUUAUUUUAGUGUCGUCAAAUGUGGGCAAUUUUGAUAGGCGUCAAUUAAUACGAAAGACUUGGGGCGCUGAUCACUCGAUCGAAACCAGAUGGAAAACAGUUUUUCUAGUGGGAAAGAACGGAAAUCAGAAAGUGAUGGAAAAUGCUUCCGUAGAAUCCGGAAUAUACGGCGACAUAGUGCAAGGAGAUUAUCAAGAACACUUUUGGAACAUGAGUUUCAAAGUUGCGAUGGGAUUCGAAUGGGCGGUCAAACAUUGCACUUUCUAUUACCUUCUUAAAGGAGAUGAUGAUGUAUUUGUGAAUACUCUUGGUAUGGUGGAAUUUUUAACCAAACAAACAACCCCAAUUAGUAAAUUAUACACCGGCCAUAUCAUGGUCGGCAGUCCUGUUUUGCGAAAUGGCCGAUAUGGUGUUACUCCCGAAGAAUAUGGCGAUACGGUUUAUAAGCCGUAUUGUAGCGGAGGGGGUUAUAUCUUGUCCCGCGACGUGGUGGAAACGUUUUUGUCGUACUAUGACGUUUCAAAGCCUCUUAAAAUCGACGAUGCAUACAUUGGUAUACUGGCAAGAAAAGCUGAAGUUAAAGUGAUUCACAACAAAGAGUUUCGCAUGUACGCGGACAGAUGUGAAUACAGGGAAACUACUUUAGUCCAGCAUCCAGCGCGGGGAGACUGUGCGAUUAUGCUUUACCACAGAAUGAUAGGCUGGAAAAGUAACAUGUACCGAAAUGGAUAGGGUGAUCCAUUGACUGCUUUUCUGUUGAAUGUCUAUGGUAAUAGUUGGAAAAUACUACUUUCCAUCAUGUAAUAGCUUUCGUGAGUUUAGCAAUUUCCACGCGCGUUCUCGCAUUUAAAAAUCUGG